AUGGGGGGGACACGGGGAGUGAAGGGAAGAACACGGGGGGCUGCCGGGGAUGGCGGGGCAGAAGCGGCCCGGGGUGCCGGGGGCGAUGCCGGGGGUGGUGGUGCCGAUGCCGGGGCAGGGACAGCCGGGGGCACCGGAGGGGGUACCGAGGAGGGUACCGAGGGAAAAGCGGCGCCGGCAGCAGCGGGCAGCUCCCAGCGCCGACAGGAACCCACUUGGCUUCAGGACGAGGACGACGAGCUAUGGCCUGAGUUCCCUCCAUGCUCGUCCCCAGAGGGGGCCACCAGCCCCACAUCCCCCACGUCCCCUACGUCCCCUAUGUCCCCUACGUCCCCCAUGUCCCCUACAUCUCCCACAUCCCCUGCGUCCCCUAUGUCCCCAGCAUCCCCAGUGUCCCCCACAGCUGGCACCACCGAGGACACGGGGGGCAGCACGAGGGCUGCUCCAGCGGGGGGGACGCGGGACAAGGCAGCCCCCGGCUCGGCGGGACACAGGCUGAGGCUGGAGGGGGCCGGGGGACGGCCACGAGCGGGGAUCCGGGCACAGGGGCGCAGCGCCAUCCUGGAGAAGUUCGGAGGGGCUGCCAAGGGCCCAGCCCCGCACCUGCGGCGCUCAGGGGGCGCCGCCACGGUCAAGACGAUGCUGCUGGAGUGGUGCCGCGCCCGCACCCGCGGGUACCCGAACGUGGACGUGCAGAACUUCUCGGGGAGCUGGGGCAGCGGCCUGGCCUUCUGCGCCCUCCUGCACAGCUUCUUCCCCGACGCCUUCGACUUCGCCGCGCUGGAGCCCAACGCCCGCCGGGACAACUUCGCCCUGGCCUUCGCCACCGCCGAGGAGCGGGCCGGCUGUGCCCCGCUGCUGGAGGUGGAGGACAUGGUGCGGCUGCCGGUGCCCGACGCCAAGUGCGUGUACACGUACGUGCAGGAGCUGUACCGCUGCCUGGUGGCCAAGGGGCUCGUCAAGACCAAGAAGCGCUGAGGGGGAGGGUGCCCCUCAGCCCCCCAGCUGUGCCAUCCCCCUCCUGGUCCCCUGCUCUGUCCCCCAGCAGUAAAGGCCGUGGUU